AUGGCCCCUCAACCCCAUCCCCUCGCCAUCCUCUCUGAGGAUGAAAUUAACCUUGCUCGCGACAUCGUGAUUGCGCAGCACCCCAACACCGUUAUCGACUUCCGUGAGAUCUACCUUCAGGAACCCCCAAAAGGCCAGCUGCUUGAGUUCCUUGCUCUUGAACAUGCCGGUCGUCUGAGCCCAACAACGCCUCGUCCUCCGCGGUUGGCUCUGUGCCAGUACGAUGUUAUCGGAGCGGAUCGAGUGCCCUCGUACGAAGAGUCACUCGUAGAUGUUGUGGCAUCCAAGUGUGUUAAGCAUACGGUCGUUGGAAAACAGCAUCAUGCUGCUCUGACUCUGAGCGAAUUCGAUGUGCUUGUGGAACGUUGUUUUGCUUCGCCACUGUUUAAGGAAGCCCUCGCCGAGUUCGACCUACCGCCGGGCUUCGAGGUCGUUAUUGAACCCUGGCCGUACGGUGGCCUGGAUCUAGCUGAGCCAAACAGACGGUUCUUCCAAGGAUUGUGCUUCGCCCAAGAUGCUACGAAGAAGAACCCCGACGCCAACUUCUACUCCUACCCUCUACCGCUCAUUCCCGUCAUGGACGCGCAUACACAAGAGAUCAUCCGAGUCGACCGUCCGGCUACGGGUGGUAAAGGAGACGGGUUGCGGGAACAGACCUUCAAACGUGACAUUAUCGGACAUUGCAAGGGGUCGGACUAUGUGCCUGAACUGCUUCCUGAAGGCACUCGGAAGGAUCUCAAGCCACUGAACGUCGUUCAGCCCGAGGGUCCCUCAUUCCGCAUCACAGAUGAGUCGCUAGUCGAGUGGCAGAAGUGGCGUUUCCGCGUUGCCUUCAAUCCUAGGGAAGGCGCGACUAUCCAUGACGUGUGGUACGACGGCCGCAGUGUGAUGCACCGCUUGAGUAUUAGUGAGAUGACUGUUCCAUAUGCCGAUCCUCGGCCCCCCUACCACCGUAAGCAGGCUUUCGACUUCGGUGACGGCGGCGGCGGUAACAUGGCAAACAAUUUGUCUAUCGGGUGUGACUGUCUUGGAGUCAUCAAGUAUUUCGACGCCAUCAUCACAGGUGCCGACGGUACUGCCAAGAAACUCCCUAAUGCCAUUUGUCUGCACGAGCAAGAUAAUGGCAUUGGCUGGAAGCAUUCUAACUGGAGGACGGGUCGUGCCGUGGUUACAAGACAUCGUGAGUUGGUGGUUCAGUUUAUCAUUACUCUUGCAAACUACGAGUACGUAUUCGCCUACAAGUUCGACCAGUCCGCCGGCAUCACCGUGGAGGCGCGCGCGACGGGAAUUUUGAACGUCGUCAACAUUGACGCUGGGAAGGUCAGCGACUACGGUAAUGUGGUCAGUGGAGGUGUCCUGGCCCAGAACCACCAGCACAUCUUCUGUGUUCGCAUAGACCCGGCCAUUGAUGGAGCGAAGAACUCGGUCCAGAUUGAAGAAUCGCACCCAGUCCCGAUGAAUGAGGCUACUAAUCCCAACGGAAACUUUUACAAAGUCGACACCAAGACCGUGGAAAGAGCGUGCUACUUUGAUGCCGCUCCAGAUCUGAACCGAACCGUCAAGAUGAUCAACCCUCACAAGAUUAACCCUAUCAGCCAGAAGCCUAUUGGGUACAAGUUCAUCCCUCUGGCCACUCAGAAGCUGUUGGCAGACCCCAAUUCCACCCAGGCCAAACGAGCGCAAUUCGCGCAGCACCACGUCUGGGUGACGCAGCACCGGGAUGGCGAGCUGUAUGCAGGCGGUCGCUACACGCUUCAGAGUCAGAGCGAGGUUGAUGGUGUAUCAGACGCCGUCAAGCGUGGUGAUGUGGUCGUCGACACGGAUGUAGUCGUCUGGAGUACGUUUGGCAUAACUCACAACCCUCGCAUCGAGGAUUGGCCCGUCAUGCCUGUGGAAAUCUUCCAGCUCAUGAUCAAACCGGCUGACUUCUUCACGGCGAAUCCGUCAUUGGAUGUGCCCUCAUUGAAGAACGAGGCGUCAAGGACUGUAGGUAAAUCCGAGUGCUGUCGAACUGCCCAACUUUAAGGCGGAUUAAAGUAGAUAUCUUGUUGUAUGAUAACGAUGCGAUGUAUAUGCAUGAAUC